CAGUGACCGAGAUGCUGGUUACGGUUUUUGAUGCAUCAGGUGGCUGAUCAAAUGGCGAGGUUCCCUUGUACAUGCAUUGACUGUUCAACUGCUCACUGCUGGCAUUCCAUCAUUUCUUCUUCUUCAUGCUAUACCUACGUCCACUCCACUGCUAAGCCCUUUAGUCUAUCUUUGGUUUCUUGAUGGGACGCGCGUUGAGGCUUCAAAACCUCGUGUAGCUGACGUCGUCUCAAACCAUUACUUCCGAGAGUGCCGCGAUUGGGAGAGGAAAGUUGAGGAAGGCCGAUCGACCGGGCCUUGUGUGAUUGACAUUUGACAUUUGACAAUGACAAUGACAAUGACAUUGACAAUGACAUUGACGUGUGGACCGAAUUGAGUGUGACUACUCUGGGGUGCCUUUGGGCCCCCUCCUCCAUGUUUUCUGGCUUCUACUGCCCAAGAUGGAAACAGGAGAUGAACGGUUUUACCUGGAAAGUCCCUGGUCCGUUUGAAGAGGCGUCAAUAGCGUUGAGCCAGAAAGCGGAUGGAGCGGCUGAAGUUUGAAUGGCGUGGACAAGUUCAUGUCUAAGGUGCUAUUUGGAUCACGAGGGGGACGGGAAGUGCCCCUCCCCGCUAAAUGAUGCACUACGGUGCCCCCCAUGAGACUCUGAAUGGGCGCAUGAUGGAUUGGAGGGGACGAGACCGCUCAGAGAUCUACAACCCUACCUCACUUUCUUUGCCUUGUACCUGCCGUACCUGUCCUGUACCUUAUGUAGCUAAGAAAAAAAAGAGCUCCUUCUCCUUGUCUUGAAAGGAUUAGGCUGUGCGUGCUGUGCCUUCCGUUGUUGAUAAAUGAGCUGCAUCUCCUCCCACCUUGUUUGUCCCGGUCCCUUGUCUUUUCUCCCCCAAACUUUGUCCCUUACACCGAAACACAAUCAAUCAGUCAAUCACUUUGAUACGUCGCAUCGACAAUCGAAUCGAACCCGACAACAACCAAGCGAAUUCGCAUUAGACUAUUAACCAGAAGCACUAGUCGCAAUCAUCAUCUCUUUCGAAUACGAUUUGCUUGCAGGCGCCAUCGCAUCGCUUCUUUCAGUCGACCACCAUUGUCAUCCCGCCUCGGCUCUCGACUCAACAAACCCGACAACUCUUUCGGGGGACUAAACAAUUCCCCAGAACCCAUUUCUUCCUUCCAGAGCAGUCGCCACAAUGAAGGAUUCAAGCGACAAGCAAUGGGCCAAGGCUUAUAUUCUUGACCCAUUAAACGAUAUUGAACCAAACCAAGACACCGGUAUCGGCGCAUCUCACAAUCUUGCUGCUCAACUUCGAAACAUCUCUCUCGAAGGCUCAAGUUCAAACUCGAACUCAAACUCAAACAGAGACCGCUCUCCCGAGAGAAAGCACAGGCACAAACCAAGUCAUUCGAGUCACAGACAUCGCCAAGGCAGCUAUCCUACUCCACCAACAUCUGCCAGCCCAACCCGCGACAGCUUUCAUUCCUCGAACCCUUUCUCCGACGCUGCAGCUGCACGCCGUCAAUCUUCAGCUCCAUCAGUGACUGUAUCUCCCCCGGAUUCUCCCCCAGGUCCAUCCGAUACUCGUCGCGACCCAUUCAGUUCCUCUGUCAAUCGAUCGGCCAGUGCUAGAGUUCCGCCUCCGCGUAAUCGACCUCAAGUUUCACACAAUCGCAGCUUCAGUGCCAGCAACUGCGGAGUUUCACGCCAACGUUCACUGAUCCAACGAUAUCCAGGCGACAUGUCUCACCGACCUCUCGACAUCCUUAGAAAGGAGGCUCGCGCGGCCGAUCGCGCCCCCCAUCUUCGUCGCAAGCAAAUGCCAAUGGCAGACACAAUUGAUGCUCUGGAUACCAUUGGCGGGAUGUAUCAUCAUGGCGGCCCCUAUGACGCCACCCUGGCAAGCCGCAACCGCAACAAGAUGUAUUCACCCGUUGCUGCUGUUGAAGACUCGAACCGAGAAGCUCUUCGCGCUACUCCUAGAGAAAACAUUCAAGAUGCUCUGCUCAAAAAGAUGCCGCUCCAAGGCACUGCUGAUAUUCCUAGCGGCGAGCGGGACAUGAGCGGCAACACCAUAGAUUAUGAAGAGGGUGCUGAUCUCAUGAGAGAACCUGACGCUAUUGGUGGCGCAUACAAGCGUUGGGAUGGCAUUGUAAGUGACAUUUCUAUGAUGCGAUCAUUAAAUAGUUACUGACCUGAAUAGCAAUACCAUCCUGAUGACCUCAAGGGCAAGGGCGAGCCCUCUUACACUUAUGAGAAGGACCUCAAGGAGCAAAAGCGUUUCCGCCGAGGUGAACCCGUCGAGUACGAACUCUCAUCAAACAUGCGAGGCAGCAAACGCCCACCCUUUAGCCACAACCGCAGCUUCAGCGAGAAUCCACGAACAACACCCGAAUUCUCAAACGGUACUGACAUUCGCCGCAACAACUCGACAGGCAAACACCGUCUGAGCGACGGUAUUCGACGACGUUUUGGCAGCAUGCGACGCAAGAAGGUAGAGGCCGAGUAGAUACCUUCAACUUUGUGAUAUUGUUUUCAUGUGAUUAUAACUUGGACUGGUACUGGCGUUUUCUGGGAUUUAUUUAUAUGGGAGAAGGUUUCUUACUCUUGGGCGAGUAGUGACGAUAAAGAUUAGUCAAGACUUGAUAAGACAGGCGCUAUAGGAUAUAUGUUUUGGUUAUGGCCUGUUCCGAUUUACGGAAGAAACAGACUUGGGAAAACAAAAGUCGUUUACUACUCAUUUUCUUUGUUCUUUUCUUUGGCUUGUAGAUGGGUCCCAGCAUGUAUACAGCUGUGUUUGUACUGCCACUCCUUGAAAAGACGCAAUUAUUGACAUUCAUGGUGUUCUAGAAUGGCCAUAAGGGAACGUAGAAAUAAACCAUGAUAUUCAGCGUUCGAAGAUUCGACACUUAGAUUGCAUUGCAAUGCUAUGCAUGUAUUCCCAAACUACAUUAUUAACAAACAUCACUUAUGACUCUUGCCCAAGACAUCUAGAAAUACGACAAUCCACUCCAUCCCAAAACACCCUCCAGCUCCUCCCUCAACUCCCCAACACCAUCAUAUCCUCCCUUACCCGCUAUCUCCGCCCUCUUCGCAGCACCAAGCUCCGCCCACCUCGCCAAAACAGCGCCGUCCACAAUCGUCCUUCCACCAGCUGCCUCUACGCCUACAGGUCGUAUACCAUCGGGUAAUCUAUGCGCUUUGGCAUUCAAUCCGCCGUGUGGUGUAAGUGCGGGGAGGAGUUGGUUUGUUACGGAGAGGAGACGACGGUAUGUUGUUUCAGGGAGGGGGACGAGUGUUGCCAAGUGGCCGGAUGAAGAGGCGAGGAGGAGGAUGUGCGGAGGAUCUUGGGGAGGGGGAUGAGAGGGCGGUAGGGUUCGCGGGAGGAGGAGUGUUGUUGAGGGGGGAUUGGGGGAGACGGAGAAUGAGGUUCUAUGGAGGAGGAGAUGGCCUUGAAGAGACUUAGGAUCUGUAGUUUGUUAGUAUCGCAAGAAUCAUGGGAAAGGGAGAGGACUCACGCUCGGGGUUAAAGUCGAGAAUAUGUAGAUCACCAUCCGCAUCCGCAGCAACAAUAGCCAGAUCCUCACCAUCCGGCAGGAAAUCCGCCACCAGAACCGGUAACCGGCCAUGGCUCUUACCCAAGACCUUGAAAGUAUACGGUUCCUCAGUAUAUCCCGCAAACCAAACCCCCUUGAACGCAUCAGCCAUGAGACACAACCCCGUACGCGGCAGUUCCCUCGCAGUAGAUACGUGGCAGCUCAUGUCGAGGAAAGCAACAGGUAAAAGAGACCCGUCUUCCUUCAGACCGCGCACCAUACACUUUUGCCCUUGCGCGACGAGCAUGAGGCCUUGGGUGCCGAUCUCUGAUAUGGC